AUGAAGCUGCUGCUUCAACGCAUUGCGUCUGCGCAUGCGCUACCACCAGGUUUUAUUUCUGUAGCGACCUACAGAUCGAAGCGUAGUCAAGCCAAGCGCGAGGCGAUCCGUGUGUCUAAGGCAUUUGCUGCCACUGACAAGUCGAUCAAAACGCAGCAUAAAGAAAAGCAUAAGAAGCAGCGCCGGAACGAUCGAGCUGAGGCACCGCAGCGCGUAGCUGAGCCACCGCGUCCGACACUGGAUGAGCUUGAACAAGAAUGGGCCAAGAUGCGUAUACGCACGAGUAGUAUUAAACCCUCUGUAUUGACAGAGCGAGCCCGCAGAGAGAUUGCGUACAAAAGACGCAUGCGACGUCUAGGUUUGCUACCAAGUGAGGAUGAGGAAAACGACGACAUUGGUAAGUCUAAUUCAAACAAUCGAAAAAUUGUCAGCCGACGGCUGAUAUAUGAGCGAAAGACGUCGUCUGGCUUACGUGCUACGAAAGUAGAGAAGGAGGCGAAUGACGAAAGAUAUAGAAAAACGGGACGUCUUCCUGCAAGACGAGCGGUAUCAAUGAAGGACAAGGAAUUUACUAACAUUCAGCCAGCACCAGAAAACGUGGUAGAACGCGAAUUUUUAAUUCCGGACGAGCCUGCUCAUCCCCAGGCGCUGGAUGUAGCGGUGAUUGGACGUCCGAAUGCUGGCAAGUCAUCCAUAAUGAAUCGGUUAUUAAAUGUAACAGUAUCGGCAGUAUCACCCAAGUACAAUACGACUCGCGAUCGUGUUUUGGGCAUUUUAACUGAGAACGAUGCGCAAAUUUCGUUUUACGAUACACCUGGACUCAUUAAACCGAAGGAAAGUCACGAAUACGUCCGGACGUUGGUGACUACGGCAGCUGAGACUUUGCAAAGUGUAGAUUUGUCGAUGCUGGUUAUAGAUUCAGUCAAGCGGCUUGAUGAGGCGGCUCUUCAAGCAUUGGAAAAAGUGCUGACAACCUCGGCUCAGGUCUCAUCGCCAACCAUGCUCGUGAUGAAUAAGUACGACCUUGUAGGUCAGCGCGAACAAAUGAAUCUGAAUUUUAAAGUACGGGAGGUAUCCCAGAUGAUUGAGGAAAUCUACGCCAAGCACUAUAACGCCGACGAAUCGUCUUUGCAGAUCGAUCCACUAGCUUAUAUCGGUGACAACUGUAUCAAGGUAUCGGCUUUAAAGGGUUACGGCAUGGAUUCGUUGAGAAAGACGCUGGUUUCGCUGGCUGUUGAUCGUCCGUGGAGCUAUCACUCAUCUAUGCAUUCUGAUAUGUCGGAUUUGGAUCUUGUGACUGAAAUUAUUCGUGAGAAACUGUUUCGCCGAUUUAACAAAGAGCUGCCUUAUAUUUUUGAGCAGGAAAAUGUUGGCUGGACUAACUUCAAGGACAAAAGCAUUCGAAUCGAUCAAGAUAUCUUUGUUCCUGCUGCUCGCGUUCGUAAGAUGGUAGUCGGACACAACGGAAACACAAUUAGGUCUGUGGGCAUGGCAGCUCGUGAUGAGAUCGAGCUGUUAUUAAAGCGCCGUGUACACUUGUAUCUGAAUAUUCGUGUUCGAUAA